GCUGGCACUCUGCUCUGUUAGUCUCGUGAACGUGGCCCUCCUCACCCCGUCUCUCUGAAGCUCGGAGCAAAGAGCUGAACAAUAUCCCCGAAUCACCUGCAGCUCUGUUACCUUUUCCGCGGAUUUAAUUGUUUUUACGUGUUAAAAACCCAUUGAUUGUUUUUUGAAACAGGGUGGAGAUAAUCACCCGGUUGUGGAUUUGUAGUUCAGAAGAGUGUCCUCAACUGUGUUUUCCAACAUGGCACCUGUGAAAGGCUGGGUAGUGGGGCUCCUGCUGGUCCUCCUGUGCCCAUCGCAGGGCCCGCUCUCUGGAGUAGUGAGUGCCCAGGACGUGGCUGCAGCGGACGAAGGCCUCCAUGCCGGAAAUGUUGCGGUGGUUGUGGCUGAAGAGGGCGAAACCACUGAGGGUGAUGAUGGUGCAGGUGAGGAAGAGGAACAUGUAGCAGAGUAUGAUGAGGAAGAUGAUGAUGAGGCAGAUGAUGAGGCAGAAACUGAUGAACAGGAGGAGGAAGAGGAGGUUGCUGAGGAGAAGGAAGAGGAAGUGGAGGCUGCUGCCGAGGAAGUGGAGGAGGAGGAAGAGGCUGCCGAGGAGGAGGGGGAAGAAGAGGAAGAGGCCGAUGAGGAGGAAGAAGAAGAGGCUGCCGAUGAGGAAGAGGAGGUAGAAGCUGAAGAAGAUGAAGACGAGGAAGAGGGCGAGGAGGCUGCGGAUGAGGAAGAGGAGGAUGCUGAAGAAGAGGAAGACAAGGAAGAGGGCGAGGAGGCGGCAGAUGAGGAAGACGAGGAUGAUGCUGAAGAAGAGGAAGACGAUGAGGAUGGGGAGGAGGCUGCAGAUGAGGAAGACGAGGAUGAUGCUGAAGAAGAGGAAGACGAUGAGGAUGGGGAGGAGGCUGCAGAUGAGGAAGACGAGGACGAUGCUGAAGAAGAGGGAGACGAUGAGGAGGGGGAGGAGGCUGCAGAUGAGGAAGACGAGGACGAUGCUGAGGAAGAGGAGGCUGAUGAGGCAGCAGCAGAGGAGGAUGAGGAGGCUUCUGAUGACGAUGAUGACGACGAAACUGAAGGACCCGCUACUGACCUGCUGCAAUACCGCUCUGGCUCUUUGUGUAGUGUUUGCUCCAUCUGUGAGCACUGCUCUAAUAACUGUGACAAAUGCCCUUGUGAAGAGGGAGAUGAGUCGGACCAGUGUGAGCACUGCCAAGAAUGCUCAUCCUGUUACAUUUGCCCAAUACUGUGCGACACAAUUUGCACACCAGGUGGCCUUGUUGAUGAGAUAACUGGGAUCCUCUUUCAGUAA